UUCUCAAACAUUAAUAACUAAAUAUUGUACUGCUGUGAACUCAAAACAUGUACUCAAUUCAACAGAUCCUAACAAUGAGACUGCCAUAGUACAGAUUCAUAGUAGUCAUCUCCCUUAUGAAAAAUAUAGUUUUCCAUGCCAAACAGCUGAAGAUAAUUUGCAAACGUUAACAGCAAACAAUCAUCUAAAUUCAAUAGGUUCAUUUAAAUUAUUAGCUCCAUGUUCACCAUCACAAUCAACAUGUGAUCAGUUAAAUGUAAGUUACAUAACUAAUGUUGACACUGUAUCUACUAAUACUACAUCAUCAGCCACUAACAUUGAAAAAGGUGAUGGCAUAUUUGCAUGUGAUGAAACAAGUUCACCAAGCCAUACUGAAUAUUCAUUUGUGUCACAGUCAAACUUUGCUUACGAACAUGAUCAUGAUUAUGAAAGUGUGAGUUCACCUUGUAGCAGUACAUCUAGUGGUCCUGUCUACAUAAGACCACCAGGAUUUACACAUCAUGCUCAGAAAAUUGAAGUAACAAAUGUAACAAAUAAACUUAAAAAAAAGAAAUCUUCUACAAUACUGGCAACAGUAAAAGAGGGGUGUAAAAAGAGGGAGGCCACUGCACCAAAACUGAAACCGGGAAGAGGUAGACAGUCUGUGAAAUAUAUUUACAAAAAAUUAUUACCAAUGAAGUUACGGGCCCUGCCAAAGUCAUUCUGGGAACAGCCAAAUAUAGCUCAUCAAGUGUCACCAGCAACACUGUUUCUUCCACCACUACUUAACAGGGAUUCAGAGGAAGUAAUGAUGGAUUCGCGCCCAGUCACACCUCCAGAUGGGAAAGAUAUAACAAACAGGUUUGAUGAACCAGAGAGAAAAGUUAUAGUGACCAACACAGAUCUGUUAUUUAAACUAUUUGAUUGUAUUGGAGAAAGGAAACAAAUGACCAGCUCUGACAAGUGCAGAUCCCUCAAAGUUAGGAAGCUAAUUCCAAAAAGUAAAUCAAAAGGUAUGCUUCUGGGAAAUGAUCCUUGUAUGGUGGAUGCUGCUACAGAAAACAUUUUCCCGCAACUGACUUUAGAGAAUUCUCGUCACUGCUCAUUAGGAGGUAAUACAUCUCUGCAGUUAAUUACACUAAAGGAAGGAGAUAAAGCUGUCACACUCCCAUCCCUUAACCUUGAGCAAAAUUACCCCCAAAUGUUGUCAGAGUUAGUCUUACAUAUAUAG